AUGUCAUUAAGUCGUCCUGCAACUCAUGCCGGUUCGUGGUAUUCAAGAAAUGCCGCUGAAUUAUCAAGUCAACUACAAACGUACCUUAAUAAUAGUAAAAAACCAAUAGUGAAAAAUUCAAGAAUAAUUAUAUCUCCUCAUGCAGGAUAUAGGUAUUGUGGUUCUACCAUGGCUUACUCUUAUGCAUCUUUAGAUUUAAACGAAAACAUCAAGAGAAUCUUCAUAUUGGGACCAUCUCAUCAUAUUUUCUUUAGCAAUGAAAUCUUUGUCAGUGCGUUUGAUUCGAUCUCUACACCCUUAGGGGAUUUGAAGGUAGAUAAGGAUUUAUGCUCUAAAUUGGUUAGAAAGAAAAUAUCUGGGAAGAAAAUAUUUUCUUUUAUGAAUCAAGAUGUUGAUACUGAUGAGCAUUCAUUAGAAAUGCAAUUUUCAAUGUUGGUUCAAACCCUAAAUUGGAGGAAAGUUCCACUAGAUAAUGUGAAAGUGAUCCCAAUGAUGGUAUCACAUAACACUAAGGAAUUUGAUAUGUCUGUUGGUAAAAUAUUAUCCGAAUAUUUAAAUGAUCCUUCAAAUUUAUUUAUAAUAAGUAGUGAUUUUUGUCAUUGGGGAAGAAGAUUUGAAUAUACAGGAUAUGUGGGGAGUGAAGAUGAAUUGAAAGAAGCAACGGAAGAAGAAACUGAAAUUGAAAUGUUAACUUCCAGAAGUAAGUUAAAACAUCAUCAAAUCCCAAUUUGGAAAUCUAUUGAAAUUUUAGACAAACAUGCAAUGAGAACAUUAAGUGAUACGCAAAAUUCAGAUAGAUAUGAUGCAUGGAAACAAUAUUUAGAAAUUACAGGCAAUACAAUAUGUGGAGAAAGACCCAUAGGCGUUGUUUUAGCAGCAUUAGCAUAUCUUCCAGAAAAUAGCAAGGUGACUUUUGAAUGGCCUCAUUAUUCUCAAAGUUCACAAGUCCAGAGUUUGGAGGAAAGUAGUGUCAGUUACACCUCUGGUUACGUAACUAUACAAUUGUAA